UUUUCCGGCAAGGUUCCAGUCCGUUUUCGAGAAAAACUGUAAAUUUUAUAACAUAACGCGAUUGGUGUACAUAUUCUAUUAGUGCAAUUCACAUCACGAGCAUCAUGGACAAGCAAGCGACCGAGUCUCCUUUAAAAAUGCUCCUGAACUCGACUGCAAGGCCGGCCGGAACAUCCGGAUCGAUGCAGCUUCCCAAGCCAUCCCCUCAGGCCAGCAUUAUGAUGCAAACCCCCGUGCAAACGGGACCCCAGGAGGCGAUCAAUUCCGUACAAGUGAGGAACUGUGUGGCAACGGUGAGCGUUGGCUGCGAGCUCAAUCUCAAAACCAUCAACUUCCGGACGCGCAAUACCGAGUACAAUCCCUCCCGGUUUCAUGGCGUGGUGAUGCGGAUACGAGACCCAAGGUGCACCGCGUUGAUCUUUCGGUCGGGUAAAAUCAUCUGCACUGGGGCCAAGAACGAGCAGGAGGCGAACCUGGGUAUGAGGAAGUUCGUGAGGAUCAUACAGAAGCUCGGGUUCGAUGUGAAAUUCCUGGGUUUCAAGGUACAGAACAUGAUCGCCACCGCAGAUCUUCGAUUUCCGAUACGGCUGGAAAACUUGAACCAGGUGCACGGUCAGUUUAGCUCGUAUGAACCGGAAUUGUUCCCUGGUUUGAUCUACCGAAUGGUGAAACCACGUGUAGUGGUGCUAAUAUUCGUUAACGGCAAACUCGUGUUCACUGGUGCGAAGAAUAUGCGCGAGAUUACAGAAAGUUUGGAAAAUAUAUAUCCGAUUUUACAAAGUUUUAGAAAAAAUUAAUUUAUAUCAUUCUUUAAUGGAUGAGCAAUAUAGUGAAAAUAAGAUUAAGAUAAACAUAGAAAUAAAAGAUACAACCUGUUUUAACUGCA